CGGACUGACUUCGCCUCCCGUUGGACUGGUUUGGCUCGCGACAGAGUUGUUCAACCGGCUGACACACACGACCGUAGCAGCUCACAGUCGUCUGUCAGUACUAACAGCUAGUUAGACACUUUGACUAACUGGCUCCGUCUGGUUAGCUUCAGUGUUGUUAGCGUGAGAUUUACAUUAACUGCGGUCAGAUAGCUUCCACCUGUUAUUUGCUCCGCCGACGGGCUAACUUGGCUAACGUCCCGGUUACACUUGACUGCUAGCUCACAUUAGCAGAUUGUGACAGUUUGUUCCCCUGCUGCGUAUCAUACAAAGAUUGUCAACAUGCUGCAGUGAGUGAUGUACCAAUUGUUGAUAUUAGUAAUGGCUAUCUGGGGGGUGCAAGGAUGCUCCAAUUCAGAGAGCUGUCCGACACUGCCCCCCAACUCAACCUCCAGGGACUACUGUUACUCAGCUCGAAUUCGCAGUACAGUACUACAGGGUUUGCCUUUUGGUGGAGUGCCGACUGUCCUUGCCCUUGACUUUAUGUGCUUUUUGGGGCUGCUGUUUGUGUUCUCCUUCUUGAGAAAAGUAGCAUGGGACUAUGGGCGCCUCGCUCUGGUGACUGACGCUGACAGCUCGGACUUCUUCUGUGUGAGCGCGCCGCAUGAGCCACACAGACAGGAUGCUUACAGGGAGAGUGUGGCCUCUGCUAUGACAUCAGAGACACCUGAACGCUAUGAGCGCCUCACCUCUGUUUCCAGUUCUGUGGACAUAGAGCAGAGAGACACAGGUUUCUGCUCCUGGCUAACUGCUAUCUUCCGCAUCAAGGAUGAAGAGAUAAGGGAGAAGUGUGGUGAGGAUGCAGUGCAUUACUUGUCCUUUCAGCGCCACAUCAUCGGCCUGCUGGUAGUGGUGGGCGUUCUCUCCGUGGGCAUUAUCUUGCCCGUUAACUUCUCGGGAAACCUACUAGAAAACAAUGCCUAUAGUUUUGGGCGAACCACUAUAGCGAAUCUGGAUGCAGAUAAUGCACUACUGUGGCUGCAUACCACCUUCGCAUUUCUCUACCUGUUACUGACGGUGUACAGCAUGAGACGACACACGUCCAAGAUGCACUACAAGGAGGAUGACCUGGUGAAACGCACUUUAUUUGUUAAUGGAAUCUCCAAAUAUGCAGAGGAGACUGAAUUAAAGCAACACUUUGAGCAGGCAUAUGAAAACUGCAGUGUACGUGAAGCUCGCAUCUGUUACAAUGUGGCCAGGCUGAUGUAUCUCAACUCUGAAAGGAAGAAGACAGAGCGCAGCAAGAAAUUCUUUCUCGACCUACACGCCAAGGAGCAUGUUACCACCAUGAUCAACCCAAAGCCCUGUGGACACCUUUGCUGUUGCAUCAUUAAAGGCUGUGAACAGGAAGAAGCUGUAAGCUACUAUACCAAGCUGGAGGCACAAUUAAAAGAGGACUACAGGAAGGAGAGGGAGAAGGUUAACAGGAAGCCUUUGGGCAUGGCCUUUGUCACCUUCCAGAAUGAGUCCAUGACCGCCAUAAUUUUAAAGGACUUUAAUGCUUGCAAAUGUCAGGGCUGUCACUGUCGACGCGAGCCCAAGAGCUCUCAGUUCAGCUCCAAGCUGCACACACACAACUGGACUGUCAGCUAUGCCCCUGAUCCACAGAAUGUUUACUGGGAGCAUCUGUCAGUGGGAGGAUUCUCCUGGUGGCUCCGCUGCUUGAUCAUCAACUGUGUCCUCUUCCUCCUACUCUUCUUCCUCACAACCCCAGCUAUCAUCAUCUCCACCAUGGACAAGUUUAAUGUGACCAAGCCAGUGGAAUACCUAAAUAAUCCAAUCAUCACCCAGUUCUUCCCCACCCUUCUUCUGUGGUCGUUCUCUGCCUUGCUUCCUACUAUUGUCUACUACUCUGCCUUCUUCGAAGCCCACUGGACCCGGUCAGGAGAGAACAGGACCACAAUGCAUAAAUGCUACACUUUCUUGAUCUUUAUGGUCCUGCUACUGCCCUCCCUAGGACUCAGCAGCUUGGAUGUUUUCUUCCGCUGGCUUUUUGACAAAAGAUUCUUGGCAGAUGCUAAAGUGAGAUUUGAGUGUGUUUUCCUUCCUGACAAUGGAGCCUUCUUUGUAAACUAUGUCAUUGCGUCUGCAUUCAUUGGUAACGCCAUGGACCUGCUGAGGAUCCCUGGUUUACUGAUGUACAUGAUCCGCCUGUGCCUGGCUCGCUCUGCAGCUGAACGGAGGAACGUCAAAAGGCACCAAGCCUAUGAGUUUCAGUUCGGUGCAGCUUAUGCCUGGAUGAUGUGUGUCUUCACCGUGGUUAUGACCUACAGCAUCACCUGCCCAAUUAUUGUCCCUUUCGGGCUGAUGUACAUGCUGCUGAAACACCUAGCAGACAGGUACAACAUGUACUAUGCUUAUCUGCCAUCCAAACUGGACAAGAAGAUCCAUUCAGGAGCCGUCAACCAAGUGGUGGCUGCUCCGAUUCUCUGCCUUUUUUGGCUUUUGUUCUUCUCCACUGUUCGCUCGGGGUUUUCAGCUGCCACAUCCAUGUUUACAUUUGUGGUUUUGAUCAUCACAAUUAUCAUUUGCCUCUCUCACGUCUGCUUUGGACAUUUUAAAUAUCUCAGCGCCCACAACUACAAGAUUGACUCCCAAGACGUGGACGGAAUGGAAAAUGGACAGCCAGUGUGCGCUUCUGCUGCCAACAAGGCAGCGCAAAUGUACAUUGCUCAGGUACUUCAAGACCCAAAUUCAGAGGAGGGUGGGUCAGGCAGUGGCGAGGACGAUGGCCAGGGGUCCUCGCAGGACGAGGAAAUAAUCAAUGUCGAAAAUGGCCUUAAUGCGGACUUCCAGUCUGGUGAGGACAGCCUCAUUGAUAAUGAAGUUCGGCACUGAUACUGUCUGGAACAGAAAAAAAAACUAAGUUUAACCUGAGGAGUGCACUGAAUAUGUGAAUUUAACGAGGAACUGAACCAACAGUUCUCCAAAGCAUCUCAACCUCCAUCGAGGGACUUGACACUAACAUAAGCACACUGUCUACUAAGGAUCUAACGGACUGCCGCUCAAGGACUCUUGCAUUUCCUUCAUUUGGUCUCACCCAACUAUAUCUUCUGUGUACCUGCAGAGGGAAUCUCAUCUGUCAAUGCAAGCAUAGCAAACAUCUGUCUGCCUCAACAUAGCUGAGGCACACCCCAAACACUACACAUGGACCAAUGACAGAAGACACUAAUGCACAAAUGAAGAUUUUUAUGCCUUGUCUUGUGAGGGGAAUGAUGUUCUGUCUGUAUUUCCUUAACAUUAUUGCACUUGAAAAAGAAGAUGUGUAAGCUCAAGUUCCAGAAAGGUACUGCAGUAUGGCAUGCAAGUUCAAAGGGUAGAGGGAUUUUCCCAUAGUCCUUUGCAGGUAACUCUAAUCAUCUGCACUAGAUGCUUCCCCUGAAUAAGCAGCAUAUGAGAGGAGUUUCCUUGCCAGCAGAUAGCUUGUUCUGUGCAGAUUUGAUGGUCUCAAAUGGUUCUUCCAAUUCCAUAGAAGCCUUUAAAAAAAAAAUACAAAAACUGAAAAAAAAUUGCUACUGACACUCCUGGAAGCUUUGACACUGUACAGCUACAAAUCUGGAUUUGUAAAAUAGCCUUUUUUGACAUGGUAUUUAUUUGUAGGCAUGGAAUUAUAAAUGCUAUCCAGCUUGAUAAACCCCUAAACUGUGGAAAAAGGUAAUUCAUAUCUUGACACACUACACUGAUGGUGGUCUUAUUAGCAUUCAGUAUCUGAGCCUCUGUUGGGACUGCUGUUGGACUGCUGCUACUGAUGCUGCCCCCACAAAGGGAAAUCCUUGCACAGCUGCUGCAGGAGGACCUGAGGCUGAGGGCCUGUGGAUCCUUUUGUGUUGCUCAGAGGAAGGAGAGAAAGGCCUUUUUUGGUUUUCCUGGGUCAGUUUCAGAUGACACUCAUUGUGACUGGUUCUUUACCUGUUGGUCUCAUUUAUAUAUUUUUGUUAAUAUGUUUACGUCUGUAUGUAGAGAUUGUGAAGUUAGCAUUCAGUUUAGAUUACUGAUAGUUUUAUGAAUUAUUUUCUUGUCACUCAGACAUUUGUCAGUCCCUCUUCAACCUUUCGUAGACGCUUCACCAUGUAGGUAGCAGACUGUUCCAGUGGUCAUCGAGAAUUGUUGCAGUUUCCUAUUUGCUUCCAUGGCGAGCUGUAAAUUGUUUUAACUGAAAUUGAGUGAUUUUGGCGAUAGCUUGUUAAAUCAGAGCUAAGCAAUUUCAGUGGAAGAGGAUUAGAGCUAUUUAUCGCCAUGCUCGUCUUCAACUUGAAAGGAAAAUCUGUCAAGUCUGCUGCUUCUUGAGUUAUGAUGUAAUUAAAUUUAACCCCACGACAGUACAUUCCAUAUGGAGAUCCAGCAGUCACACUGAAACUCAAACUUGAUCAAGCAACACGUAGAUUGAAUGUUUACCAUAUUCCAGAUCUGCCUCAGCCAUGUGAAGCAGCUUCUUGUCAGACAAAAAUAUCUACUUUAACAAAAGGAACACCAAGUAACUAUUAAUAAUGUGAAAUGCACACUGUACUGACCUUACUCAGGAUUUACUGUAUCUAGCUCCUUGUUUUGUUUUUUUUUUUUUAAAUCUUUUUUUUUUCUUCCUUAGUCAGGACACUACAAGCUGCCCCAUUGAGCAUAAAGAUUUUUGGCAAAGCAAGGCUAAGUACCACUACUGUCUGUCUUUGGACCAGUUGUUGUUGUUGGACCAUAAUAAGAAAACAUGUUACCCAGCUGCUUAGAGAACCAAUGUGGGAAAUGUGCACUAAUCUUGCUUUCACUUAUAUGACUGACAGAGAAGGGCACGUCCUCUGUAGGUGUGAUGACAACAAUGGUGAAACUAAAUAGUUUUCAUACUUUGUCCAUUGGUUUAUUAGCGCCGCAUCCGAGUCUAGCAUUGUGGUACAAACCAGAGAAUUGUCUGACACCGUUGAGUCUGGUGCUCUUCUAGUCAUGACAAGGUGGUUUUAUUUUUUAUACCUCUUCAUUUUUAUACCUCUGAGAUGUCUUGAAAUCUCUGAAUGUGUCCUGUCAAAAUAACAUACUGUCCAGCCUUGAGGGAGAUACUUUAAAAUCUCAGCUUGUCUAACGACUUCUUUGAUUCUUAAGCUCUGAAUGUAGAUUAAUUUCACAACUUUUGUUAAGAUAAAAGUGGCCUAAGCAACGGUGUGAUGGCUGUAUUUGAACAGCUUCAAAAGAACGGGUCACUUGCAAAACCGGAAAUUGAAAGUUUUAUACUGUAGCGAAACUUCCUGUUGUCCAGUCCGAUGUCAUGGCAUUUCAUUUCAGUAAAGAUCCACAUCUGUCAUUCUCAAUUGUUGCAAUGGUGUCUGGUAGUCUUUUGCUAAUUCCAAGACUCAGUAAUGAUUUAGUUUUACUUUAGAUUAUCUUCAUAAGAUCUGUACAGACAACCAGACACACUGGAUUGUUUUUUGUAAACUGCCAAGCUCUAAUAGAUGUUUUCAGCUUGUUUCUAGCAUGUAUCCAGAAUGGGUGGUAAAAUGUCUCUGCGUCUCAAAACUGUGCACAGUUAGAAUGUGUUUUUGUGUGCUUCGCUCUUUCUAGGUUUAGAUUUUUCUAGAUAGGAAAGUAACAAUAGCAGUUCUCAGCAGUUGACCGUCUCAUUUUCUCAUUCUUUCCAAAGGGCCGUCUGUAUAACGGAUAUAUACGGUUCAUAUCUGUACCUCCCCUGAGCUCUUUCAACAAUAAACCUGUAUUUGAUCAA